CAAAGGUGUCAAGAAAUGACCUCGCAACCUCUCAAGCCUCCACAGGUGCCUGGAAGAGAAAAAGUUAUGGAACGACGUGUAUGCUCGGUGGACGACGACGACGACGACUGACUUGCCUACCAUGCGUGCUUUUGUAACUGGCUCCAUGGUGAGUGUACACUGUGUGUCUAUGUGCAGUGUACAUCGGUGGAUAGCACCAUACAUAUUAUUGGAUCCUGGACCUUUUUUGUGCCUGUGCUGUUCCUUUGAUAAUCAAGAUGCAUUGUUCCAAGAGCAUUUUAUCCACCUCUUCCUUGUCAUCAUUUCAAUUAUUCAUGCGCGAGUCAUCCUCAGCCUCAGCACUCAAGCCCAAGACCGGCAUUCUCAUGUUGAACAUGGGCGGACCCCGCCAAGCUGAUGAGGUUCAGGACUUCCUGACUCGGCUCUUUUUGGAUCGUGAUAUCAUCAAACUUCCUUUCCAAUCCAAACUUGGGCCUUGGAUCGCGAAGAGGCGCACACCGGAAAUCAUUUCCAAGUAUAACGAGAUUGGAGGCGGCUCACCAAUCUACAAAUGGACCAAACGUCAGGGUGAUUUGAUGUGCCAAGAGCUGGAUCGGAGGAGUCCUCAGACGGGCCCGCAUAAGGCAUAUAUUGGAUUCCGCUACGCUAAUCCUCUCACGGAGGAUACCUUGGAUGAAAUGGAGUCGGACGGCUUGGAACGAGCCGUAGCAUUCAGCCAAUAUCCACAAUAUUCGUGCACCACGUCUGGAUCAAGUAUGACGGCGAUUUAUCAACAUUAUGCAAAAGGGUCUCCUUCCAAGCUCAAUUGGAGUGUCAUCGAUCGGUGGUCCACGCAUCCAAAACUAAUCCGCACUUUCGCCGAAAAUGUCAAGAAGGAAUUGGCCACUUUUCCUGAGGAAAAACGCAACGAAGUCGUCAUCUUGUUCUCUGCCCAUUCCAUUCCCCAAUACGUCAUGAAUCGAGGUGAUCCCUAUCCAGCGGAGAUUGGAGCCUCUGUGCAAUUGGUGAUGCAAGAACUGGGUUGGUCUAAUCCAUUCCGCUUGGUUUGGCAAUCCAAGGUGGGUCCUUUGCCAUGGUUGGAACCUGGAACAGAGAACUCCAUCAAAGCCUUAGUCAAACGAGGCCACAAGAACUUGCUUCUGGUUCCCAUCGCCUUUGUGAGCGAUCAUAUUGAAACUCUUCACGAACUGGAUAUUGAAUAUGCUCAUGACAUUGGGAAAGAGGUUGGGGCUGAGCGAAUUGCUCGAUGUGCUGCUCCCAAUGACCAUCCCAUGUUUAUCGAGGCCAUCACAGAUAUUGUGGAUAAGCAUUUAAACGAAGGGCCAAGAGUGAAUCCUCAGCUCUUACUUAGAUGUCCCAUGUGCACUAACGGGAAUUGCUACAAGGCCAAAACGUGGUGGUCCAAGGCUACUGGGUCCUCCAUCAUUCCUGCUUGAUGCUUGGCCUGAAUCUCAAGAGCGCGGUCCAUCAACUGUCACAAUUCUGGUACACGAUGAUUAAGUUAAUGCAUUUUGAGGAAAUACAGCGACAUUUUUAACCUCCAA